AUGGCAGGCGGUACCGAGGUGGUUAAGAUCGGGGUCUUUAUCCCAUCUGAGUGCCAGCUCCUCGACAUGGCUUGCAUAGACGUCCUAUUUAUGAUGUCGAGAGAGUACCUGGGUGGUCUACCCAUGAUACCCAAACACAUUCCAGAACUGGCGCCGAGCGUAGAGAUCUUUUACAUUACUGCAAAGGCCAGCAGCCCGAAUUUCAACCCGGACCCGGGCCCGGAUAGAGCAGAGCACCGCCGUCCUUUGCUCCUCCCCCUCACAGCAGGCGUCAAGAUCCAGCCCACACACGACGUCUCCAGCCCGGAGGUACAGCCGGGCAUGCUAGAUAUCUUGCUCGUGCCCGGACCGGAUCCGGGGGCGAGCUGGGAUGAAGAUACGCUGGGAUUCUUGAGGGAGCAUGUUGUUCAGGAGGAGGAGGAGGAAGGAAGGAGGACGACGGAUGUGUUGAGUGUUUGUACGGGAGCGUUUUUAUGCGGUGCUGCGGGGGUUUUGGAGGGAAGGAAGGUAUGCGGGCCGAGAGGGUUGCAGGAUAUUUUGAGGAAAAGGUUUCCGGGGGCCAUGUUUGUGGGGGAUGAGUUUCGAUGGUGUCGGGAUGGGAAUUUUUGGAGCUGUGGGGGUAUCACGAACGGGAACGAUCUGGUGGCAGCGUACGCUCGGAGCAGCGAGAGGCGCCUCUUUCCCGUGCCGAUUGUCGAGAUUGCGUGUAAGAUGGCGGAAGUUGGGGAGAGGGGCCAGAUAUAUGAACAGGGGCAGACGAGGUUUACUUUGGGAUUUGUGUGGUUGCUCGUCAAGGCUUGGUUUGUGAAACCGAGUAAGUGA